AUUACCAAACGCGACUUCAUGCCAACAGCGAAGCUCCCUUUGAAAUAAUACCCAGCCAAAGAGUAUCGGCCAUGCCCUGGGUAAGCGAGGUGCCUUUGUGUGGUGGAGCUGAUGCAUGCAACAUUGUGAAAGCCUCGCAUCCACAACUACAAUCAAUUAAUCCGAGCAGCAGUCACUGUCGCUGUCGCAAUUUGCGUUGGAAAUCUGCCUGGCUCUUUCUAGACUGACUUCAAAUCACACUCGUCUGAAUCCGAACCCUUUUCCUGGUGUUAGCGGAACAAGGGAACUAUUUCAGAGGCGAAUUCGGGACUGGCGAACAUGUACUGUAUUCUUCCUGACUUUGUACAAGGAACAACAGCCGACCUGGAGGAAGCGGCGAGAUUGAAAUGCCGUGACCAUUUGUCUGUCGUUUCACAGAAGAGCAGCAGCCAGGCUCGGAAGUAAUCUUUGAGACAGCUCGGCUUUUUAUGAGAGAAGAUGGUGCAGAAAUAUCAAUCUCCAGUGCGGGUCUACAAGUAUACAUUUGAGAUGGUGAUGGCGGCUUAUGAGAAGAGAUUCCCAACGUGUCCAUUGAUCCCAGUUUUCCUGGGUAGUGAGAAACUCAGUGAGUACAAGAGUGAAGAUGAAUCACUGCACAUUGUGGAGAGAAGCUGCAAGCUGAAUGUAGAUGCACCAAGGCUACUGAAGAAGAUUGCAGGAGUGGAAUAUGUUUCCUUCAUACAGAAGAACACAGUGAACUGGAAGGAGCGCACUCUACUGAUCGAGGCUCACAAUGAGACAUUUUCUAACAGGGUCAUCGUCAAUGAGGUCUGCAGUUACAGAGUUCAUCCUGACAAUGAGGAAUGGACUUGUUUUGAGCAGUCUGCAUCGCUGGACAUCAGAUCUUUCUUUGGGUUUGAAAGUACAGUGGAAAAGAUUGCAAUGAGACAGUACACCUCCAACAUCAAAAGGGGUAAAGAAGUUAUUGAACACUAUCUGAAUGAACUGACUGCACAGGGUGUCAAACACAUUCCCCGCUGGACUCCUCGUGUGACUGUCGCCACAACAGAAACAAAGCCAGAGAACAGCCGACCAGCAAUGGCACCAUUGCCGGAUCUCAGGGUAGAGUCAUCAGAGCUCCUGGCACAUUGCAGUACCAAAGAACCAUUGACUAGCCUAUGUGGGCAGGAGACAUUGCCCAUAACACCAGAUGCCGACAAGCUCGAUGCUGAUUACAUUGAACGCUACCUGGGGCAACUGACCCCCAUGCAAGAGAGCUGCCUGAUCCAGCUUCGACAGUGGCUCCAAGAAACACACAAAGGCAAGAUUCCCAAAGAUGAACAUAUUUUGCGUUUCCUGCGGGCUCGGGAUUUCAAUAUUGAAAAGGCACGAGAGAUCUUGUGUCAAUCACUUACUUGGCGCAAACAAUACCAGGUGGAUUACAUUCUCCAGGUGUGGAGACCACCACAAGUACUGGUUGACUAUUAUACAGGAGGCUGGCAUUAUCAUGACAGAGAUGGCCGGCCAUUGUAUAUCCUGCGGCUGGGACAGAUGGACACAAAGGGGCUGCUGAAAGCCGUGGGGGAGGAGGCCAUUCUACGACAUGUUCUAUCAAUUAAUGAAGAUGGGCAGAAGAGGUGUGAAGAGAAUACCAAAGUCUUUGGUCGCCCAAUCACAUCGUGGACCUGCCUAGUUGACCUGGAAGGACUGAACAUGAGGCACCUGUGGCGGCCGGGAGUGAAAGCAUUGCUGAGGAUCAUUGAGGUGGUGGAAGCAAACUACCCGGAGACACUAGGCCGGCUGCUGAUUCUCCGAGCACCUCGGGUCUUCCCUGUCCUCUGGACACUGGUCAAUCCAUUCAUCAAUGAAAACACACGUCAGAAAUUCCUCAUCUACAGUGGCAACAACUAUCAGGGUACAGGAGGGCUUAUCGAUUACAUUGACAAAGAAAUUGUUCCUGACUUCCUGGGUGGAGACUGCCUGUGUAAUAUCCCAGAAGGAGGAAUGGUUCCCAAGUCUUUGUACCAAACAGAGGAAAUGUUAGAAAAUGCAGAUCAAAUCAAACUCUGGACUGAAACUAUUUAUCAGUCAGCCACUGUUGUCAAAGGAGGCCCACAUGAGAAGUUGAUCGAAAUACUUGAGGCCUCAUCGGUAAUCACCUGGGACUUUGACAUUCUCAAGGGUGAUGUGGUUUUUAACAUCUUUCAUUCCAAGCGGGCACCUCAAAUCAGUCGCAAGGAUUCAGCAAGCCCACUAGUUCCCCUCCCCAUUGGGAAUAAUGUGCAACUAAUAGAGAAGAACUGGGUUCUGGGUGUGGACUAUAGCCCAGUGGAAACACCACUCAUCUGCCGAGAAGGAGAGAGUGUUCAGGGUUCCCACGUGACACGCUGGCCCGGAUUCUACAUCCUGCAGUGGAAGAUGCACAGCCCCUGGUCGGGCUCCUCAAACCUCCCUCGUGUGGAUGAUGUAUUGGCCUCUUUGCAAGUCUCCUCCCACAAAUGCAAAAUCAUGUUUUACACUGAGGUGCUGGCAUCAGAAGAUUUCAGGGGAUCCAUGACUAGCCUGGAGUCCUGUCACAGUGGAUUCUCGCAGCUCAGUGCUGGCACCACCUCCUCCAGCCAGUCUCAGAGCAGCUCACAUAUUUCCAGAUAGGAAGUUCUUGGUCUGCAAUGCAUUUGUCAAAAAUCACCGAACAGAAGACUUCAGCUGCCUCAGGACCAGGUGCAAUGAUCGCUGGUCCCAUAAUCUUGGGUGCUGGUUACCCCAGGGUAUCACUCAUCUCACUUUAGUGCAAUAUUAGCACUGAGUACAAUGCAACAUUUCAAAGUUCAAUGUGCAGAGAAGACAUGUUUCACUAGUUUGGUCUCCUUAGGCUGUGUAUUGAAUGCACAGCUUUGAACAUUGUCUUCCAGAUGGAAGAGACAAUAGGGAAAGGUGCCUUUAUGCUUUGUCUUCCUUGGCCUUUUUUGUCUGAGUCCAAUUUAGCUCCUUGAGCAAAACCACAAAAUAUCUAAUCAUACCCUUUAAUUUUGUAUGUUGUCCAAAACGGAAGCUAUUUACAUUCACUCCUGCAGGUUGGGAAUCACAAUGUACUUGAUUGUCUACAUCAACACUGAGCAAUCAUUCCUAUCCUAAUUAUAGGUGGCAUGGUGGCUCAGUGGUUAGCACUGCUGCUUCAUAGGACCUGAGUUCAAUUAUAGCCUCAGGUGACUCUGUGUGGAGUUUGCACAUUCUUCCCAUGUCUGUGUGGGUUUCCUACCACAAUCCAAAGAUGUGCAGGUUAGAUGAAUUAGCCACGCUAAAUUGCCCACAGUGUUCAGGGGUACCUUUAUAGUAGGGUGGUGAGUUACUCUUUGGAGGGUUGGUGUAGACUUGGGCCAAAUGGUCUGUUUCCACACUGUAGAGAUUCGAUGUUAAAUAUUCACUUAGUUCUUUAACUGCUUUCAUUGCAGGAUCUUUCUUCUAAUUCAGAGACUAACUGGAGAUUCAUUUUAUCAUGAAACUUCUGGGUUCACUGUUUACAUUAGGUUAAAUUCCAGUGUAGAAACAGACCCUUUGGCCCAACAAGUCCACACCGACCCUCCAAAGAGUAACCCACCCAGACUAAUUUCCCUCUGACUAAUGCACCUAACAAUAUGUUCAGACUGAACAACCUGCAUACAUCCCUAUUACCCACUACUUCCAAUAUCUUAGACAUGACUCAUGAGGUCUCAUCCCACCUAACUUAAUUCCCUGGUGAAACCUGCUGAAUUCCAAAAUCCAGAGGUUGACCAGAUUUCUCUUCCCUGAAUCUUCCCCAGCCUAUCAAAACAGGUCAUGUCUAUCAUAUAAUACUUGAUAGGUAUUUUCUUAAAUGGUGUAAAGUUAAGAUAAUACAUUUCCAAGUGCCUGAGAUGCCUUUACAUGAUUAGUGAUAUCAACUGGUAGUAUUGUGUACAAUUUGGUUUUCUUCUAUAAGUGGGGAAUAUACUUGCAUUGAAAGCAGUUCUGAAAACCUUCACUAAACUGAUUCUUGGGAAUGACAGGGUUUUCUUGCAGAGAGAGGUUGACCCUAUAUUCAUUGUAAUUUAAAAGAAUGAGAGAUCUUAUUGAAAUGUAGAAGAUUCUGAAGAAAAGUGAGGAUAAAACUUAAGAGCUUGUUUUGCCCUCAUCAGGGAAUCUACAACCAGAGUUUAAAAUGGAGAUGAGGUGGGGUUUUUUUGUCCUUUCUCAGGUCAUUAAUAUUUGGAAUUGAAUUAGGUAGUCUAUUAUUGUGAUGUCUUACACAGAGUGGGGGGCCAGGAAGGAAAAUGGAGAAAAGGCUACAGAUAAAAUAAAUCAUAAUCUUAUUAAAUGGUGGAGCAGGCUUGAUGCAUUGAAUGGCCUACUCCUGCUUCCAUUUCCUUAUGAUCUUAUUUUACUUUGUAGAGAGGGAGCUGCUGAUGCUCGGACACAUCAUGCCCUCAUAUCUGAUUUACAAAUAGAUAGCUUUUAAAAUCCAUAAAUGGAUUCUGAAGUCUAAACAUGGAUCAUAUUGAACUGUUUAAGUGAAGACAGUCCCGCCAAUAACAACCACACUUGCAAAGUAUUCUACUUUGAGACAAGUUAUGUUUGAUUGAAGUCACAUGUUGGCAGGAGCACCACUGAAGGAAGGUGGUUGAUAUGGAAGAGGUGAAUUCCUUUAGUUUUUUCAACCCUUGAGUUUAGAUCUCCAUCAAAGACUUCUGAAUCUUGACCAUCCUCCUCCAGCCAUCGCUGGUUGGCCUCUUACUUCAGGGAUACUUGGUUACAAGUCAGCUGCUGUAGCACUUGGAACAAUCCCACCAAAGUUUCUCUGUUUUGAACACUUAGUUGCCUCACCUUUAUGUUGACAUGUCCAAGACCAAGCUCUGCAACAACGAUUAUUCAGCAAGUUAAUAAUCACGGUCCCUAUCAUUCUCCAGUCAGGUCUGAUCGUCAUAAAUUUAUCAUUGUGAAUUCUCAUAAAAAUGAGAAGUGGUACUGCUGUGAUAACGUUUGACUGCUUUAAUGUCUCCUCCCGGUUUACUGAUCUAUCUCCAUUUCAAAGGCUUUCAAUGGUAGAAACGAGCAGUAAUUCCUGCUCAACCUUUACCAGUGUUAAUAAGUGCACUGCCUUACAGAGGAGGGGUGUCCAACUAGGGACCCUUGAACCCAGGGUUGUACCUGAGUUAUUGGGGUGGGUUUUUCUGGGUAAAUGGUGCCCUUGAGUGGGUUUGUAUUUCAAUGACCCGGAUGUGAAUGGGCUGACAUUAGCUCGAUUGAAUCAAUAGAUUCAUCCAAAAUCAAAACAUCAAGAUCUACCCAACUUAUCAGCAAACUGAAAACUCAACAAAUUAUUAGGAAUGGUGGUUCGAACUUCAGGUGACUCCCAGAUUCCUGCAUAAGAUUCUUUGGACUCUUCUGAGAUGGAGUGAUAUUUGGUCCUUGCCUUCUUCAAAUGUAAGUCUGGUGUAUAUACUGGAACAGAAGUCUCUUGCAAAGUAUAUUUUUAUGGGCAUGUUUUUCUAUGUAGUUACCUGAUGUUAGAAUUAACAAAUUUAAAUUU